GACGUCUGAGAAUCCUUUUGACGUGCAUGACGUGUGUUCUGCGCGCCGGCUGUUCAACUCAACCUAAAUGUGUCCAUCUGGUGAAGUUUCUAACGUCAGUGUGAAACAGUAAGAUGAUUUUCAGAGAAACUUCAAAAGUAAUUGCCACGCCCAACAACCUCCGAUGACAAAUUCUUCUCUCGGUUUGACGCAUAUCGUUACUGAGGACUGGAGCUGGACCACAUUCAUUACUGUAUUUCAUCGGCAAAUGCGACUAAUUGCAGGGUCUUGCUUUGACCAGCCCAUCCUUUCGUCCAAGCUGCUGUCCGUCAUGCUUCCAUCAUGCUGCGCACUUCUGCUGGUCUUGUUGCCGCUGUGUGAGUCCAAGACGGUCAGGGGGCGGUUUGACCCGGCCAAUGCAGCUAAAACCAAUGGGCAGUACAUUGGCAAGUUUUGUUUUUCAGGUCAGGCAGGCAGAAUAGAGCACAGCCGACCAGACGACUCGCCCUUCUCAGGCAAGCUGUUCCUAUACACGGCUGAGCAGUGGGACCAGGGCUUGGUCAAGCGGGCGGAGGAUGGAGGGAUCGACUGCGCGGGCAGGCUGGCAGUGGCAGAACAUGUCGUGAUGCUUACCAGCAAAGCCGGUAACCACUCCCUCAAGGACCUGAGGAAGCCCGUAGUGCUGCAUGCCCUCUACGCAGACGUGUACACCUGCAGUAAGGCCCCGCCCCCCACCCAGCUGUCCACGGUGGACUUUGUCCUGCAUUUCUUCAAUGCUGAUUCCCAUGGGGAGACCGUGAAUCACUUCGGCUGUGAGGAAACAGGGCUGCUUGGCUUCUAUGAGCUACUGACGCUGAUUUAUUUUGUUCUUGGAUGCAUCUGGGCACCUAGACUUUACGAGAAUAUCGCCAAAAGGGGACCCAUGCAUGACGUGCUAGUCAUGUUGACAACAGUACUCUGCCUGCAAGCUGUAGGAUCGUUGUGUAUGUUCAUACACCUCUAUGGCUACUCGACGGAUGGUCAGGGGUCUCCACUUAUGGAGAAUGUCUCAGAGUUGGCAGAUAUCGCAGCUCAAUUCGAGAUGCUUUACAUGAUGCUGAGCUUGUCCUUGGGAUGGACCCUGGGCUCAGCUAAGACGCAUGCCACAUCUCAGAUCUGGAAAAGCUCGCCCCUUGCCAAAGUUGCUGCUGGCAUGGCCGUCGUACAGGGUCUACUGAUCCUGUGGGAGCAGGUAUGGUACUAUGACCACAGUCCAUACCAUGCCCACCACAGCGUGACAGGCCUUCUUAUCCUUUUCCUGAGGGUGGCGCUGGCCCUGCUCUUUGCCCACACCCUGCAACAGGUCUUGCCUAAGGAGCGCAGCGCCAUGCGGCGGGAGUUCUACAGCAACUUUGCCAAGUAUUGCUUUCUGUGGUUCUUUGCCUACCCAGUCCUGGUGCUGACAUCACUCUUUUUAGCUCAGCAUUUAAGGAGAAAGGUGGUGAAUAUAGGAGCCGUGACGGCCCAGACAUUAGCCGUUGUCCUCCUCUAUCGACUGUUUCUAUCCCGCAGUCUGUACUGGGAGGUUUCUGCUCUCUCCUCUGCCACCUUACCGCUGCGCAUGGACAAGAAGAAUUUGAGCAUUAAACUGAACUCCUCGUGACAGCAAUAUCCCUUGGGGCUGAUUUGCACAGUAUACCAUCACCAACUACGUGUAGUUCUCUUGUUUUUUUGUCAUGGCAGGGUGUGUUGCUUUUGUGCCUCACAGUUGAGGCAUUCUUGCAUGACAUCUGCUCUCUCCAAAUAAGAAUAAAGGUCCUUUAUGCGAAAUUUAAGCCAUCGCCAUGUUGAAAUAGUCUUGAGUGUCAUGCUUUUGUUCAACAGAGCCUGUAGCAGCUCCCAAACAACAUCUAAUAAAUAUAAGCAUGCUAAGUUUGAAUGUUCCUGUGCACUAGGAAUGUGUUAAAAGCUGCUGUUGUAUCUUUAAGAUGGACAGAGCAUACUGUCCGAAUACCCUUCGGUCCUUUUCAGAACCACACAUACUCGGAAAGAGAUAUCCUUGCACGGUGCUUCCGCAAACCUCUAUGACAGCAAGCUGUUGAUUGGUUGAUUGGUGUCAGCUGACUGUAGUACUGACCAUGGUCACUUGCAUGCAAUUCAAGUGACUAUGCCACAGACUGUACAAGCAAAGAUUGUAGAGUAAAUCCUCCCCCCAAAUUAACAGGUUGUUUGAUACUUACACUCAAAUGCCUUGCACAGAAGCUCCAAAUGGCUCGAAGAAGGCUGAAACGUGAGACUUUGUCAGCAAACAUACUGCUGCACUUGUAUGGCACAGUAUUUAAAAGUUUGUCAUAUUUAAGGGUGCUGCUGUAUGUACCUGUGUACUAUCAUUUUCCCCGCCCAUUCAUGUAACACACAUGUAAAGAGUAAAGCAGCUUGCCCAAGAUAGCAGCAUAUGACCAGCUGCUAGAUUUGAACUCUGUCCUAGUGAUCGGGAGUUAUAAACCCUAACCAACAGGCCACAACAAACGUGAUCGUGGAAAAUGUUGCUGCAUACUUUGUUCCUUCUCUAGGAAGCUAUUUUUGCCUGUCCAUGUCAGUGUGUGUGUAAUAAACAUAAUUUCCAAUGGUAAAACUCUAGAUCUAGCUCUGGACAGUGACUCUAAGGCAGCCAUUCUUUCAGUGCUGAUGGACAGAUGAUUGAUGGCAGCACCUUUCCUGUGUCUGUAUGUAACCUCUUUCACCGUAAUUUAUUGCUGGGACAAUAUUUUUGAUAAACCAUUAAGCCAGUGUCACUUCGUAAUUCUUAGCUAUUUACAUUAUUUCUGAAGUUUUAAUUGUACUUUUACAGAAGCACAAAAUACUAGCUUCAUUCCUAACAAGCUAGCUGAAUUAAUCCAUUUACUCGAUUUUAACAAAAGUUUUUGCAGAAUGACUAUAAACUGUGAUUUUGAGGGAUAUUUUAUAUGCAAAUCUUAACAAUUUCAAAGAAUUAUGCACUUCUAAAUAUGUGUUUUUAUGGCACUGUGCUGAAAAACAUACAGACCAUUAAAUCAUGAAGCCGGAAAAGCUUUGAGCUGUGACACUCAUGCAUUUGUCGUUUUCAGUGGAAAAAAUAAUACCAAAGUUUUAAAACCUG